AUGAGAGAGGAAGCCCACCGAGUCCAGACUAGACCCGCGGCACUAAGGGUAGGCAAGGGGCUGGGGGGCUGGGAAGAGUAUGGCGCAGAAAAGAGACGCGAGGAAGGAAGGAAAGGUCAGCGGAGGGCACAGCGCGGCCGCAGUCUUCCUCUCACGGUCCCCGCAAGGGGCACCGUUGAGUCCCGGGAUCCCAGACACCGCCCCCGGCCUCUGCUUCAGCCAGCCUGCCCCUCCGCACCUGACUCCUGUACCCGGCUGCCGGUCCCGCCUCUAACCGCCAACUCCGGCGCGGAGUGGCAGCAAACCGCCGCCACCACCUUCCCCUCCCCUCGUUCGGUCACCGCUGUUGCCCAGGUCACCGCCGGCUACCGCUCACGCCGCUACUUCCUCUUCCGAAGGCAGGACUUCCGGGCGCGUGGGAGGCGGGCGCACCGGCAGAAGGGGGAGGGUUUCUGUCCAUCACAAUGGAGUAGGCCCCGCCCCUCCUGUCCUCCUCGGCGUAUAAAGGUAAAGCCCCUCUCUGGUCCCGCCCCUCCUGGCGGAGCCGACAGAGCCCUCUCGGCUUGA